AUUGUGGUGUUGACCGUCAUUGCGUUUGAUAAUGGUGAAGCCGACUCUUACUACCUUACCGAAACUUGCUGGCUUAAGUAUGAUGGUUUGUUUAAAGGGUCCUUUUACGCAUUUGUGAUGCCAGUCGGCAUCAUUGUUGCAAUUAAUGUGUUUUCCAUGCUGGUGGUCAUUGUUAGACUGUUGAAACCAUCUGUGUCUGAAGGCCAUUCUCAAGAUGACAAAGAUGUCAUCAGAGGCAUCCUCAAAGCCGUGAUCUUCCUAACUCCUAUCUUUGGAGUGACAUGGAUUUUUGGAUUUUUUGUCCUGGCAACUGACCACACUAUAACACCCUUGUCUGAGAUUGUGAACUACACCUUUACAGUGUGCAAUGCGUUUCAGGGGUUAUUCAUUCUUCUUACUGCAUGCCUGGGAGAAAAAAAGGUCCGAGAGACACUUGUUCAGAAGUUCUGUCACCAUUCAAAGGUCUACACUACAUCUAGAGGCGAGCGCUCCAACUCCAACUCCAACUCCAAGACCUCCACUGAAAGCUCUAUUAAAAAGAAAUAACAUCAAAGUCCAGUCUUGUGGAGCACCUUUGGUCCCUUUUCUUUUUUCAAUUCUUUUAAUGUAUUUUCACUUUCCUGUUUUACAUAAUGCUGUUUUUGCCAGCCUAAUAGGACCUUAAUGUGAGUAAAGGGGAAGUGUGAAGCUGUUGCCUUGGCUCAAGAUUCAGUGCAAACAUGCAUCUGAAUUCUAUGGUUGGAGUCAGUGAAGUACACAGUCAUCAAUCCAAGAAACUCUUUUGUGUCCAUGCUGUAGAGCUGUAAUGUGUAGUUUUUGAUACCAAAAACAUAAAAUUCUUUAAAAUUGACUUUAAACAACAUCAUUUUAAAAGCAUAAUAGAACAGCAUUUCCUGCAACAACAUUAUCUACAACAAAAAAACUUUACUUUUCUUAAACUUUUUUGGGGUAUCAUUUAAAAAAAAGUAAUUUUGCUAUUACAUACCAAAAUGUACCAAUAGCUGAAGAUUUUGCAUAUGUCAUACUAAUAUCAGAAAUGUUCUGUGAUAAUACUAAUAAGAAUUUUUGCUAGAAUCGUUUACAAACAUCAAUACUGGGAUUUGAAGUAAUGUCAAAAAGUUGUGUGUGUAUGUUUAAUAAUAUUAAAGGCAUUACACAAUA